AGAUUUUGAUGAAACUUCUAACAAUUUUACGCUGGAACUAAUCAUGAACUUAGACUUUCAAGCAUUUUCUGAGGAUAUUCAGGAUAUAUCGAACGCAGCAACAAUGGAGUUACAAAUUGAAAAUGGAAUCAUGAAUAUUGCGUCUAUAUGGAAAAAACAGGGGUUUGAAAUGGCAUACUCUCGUGAUGGGAUUUACCGAAUUAAAAAUGUUGAUGAAUGUUUCCAACUCCUAGAAGAGCACAUAGUUCAGAUAUCCGGUAUGAAAGCCACUCGUUUUGUGGAGCCUUUCAUUGAUAUUGUAGAUUAUUGGGAAAAAACUUUAUCCUAUAUCAGUGAAACCCUGGAAAAAGCGCUCUCAGUGCAAAGACAAUGGUUAUAUUUGGAAAAUAUAUUUCAAGGCGAAGAUAUACGAAAACAACUACCUGAAGAGGAAAAAAGAUUUGUAGCUAUCACAGAUGAGUUUCGGUUAAUUACAGCUAAAAUGUUUGAGGCAAAUACUGCCGUAAAAGCUACACAUCUACGUGCACCCCCAUUUGUACUCAAUAGAUUUAAUCGUAUGGAUGAACAUUUGGAAUUGAUACAACGCGCGUUGGAAAUUUAUUUAGAGGCCAAGCGACAACUAUUUCCUCGCUUCUAUUUUAUAUCAAAUGAUGAUCUUUUGGAAAUAUUAGGAAAUGCCAAACGUCCCGACUUAGUACAAACGCAUUUAAAAAAACUUUUCGAUAAUUUAAACAAACUAGAGCUCAGGCGAGUUGGAAAGGCUUUGAGUAGGUGGCAAGCAACUGCUAUGUAUUCUGAUGACGGUGAAUGUGUAGAGUUCUUACAGGUUUUAUACAUAGAUGGUCCGUCAGAACGUUGGUUAAAUCAGAUUGAAGACUAUAUGAUUGCGGUUAUGAAAGAACAAUUAAAAUUAGCACGAGGAUCAUUAAAAAAGUUAAUCGGCAAUAGGGAGAAAUGGAUAUCUCUUUGGCCAGGGCAAAUGGUGUUAACGACAGCACAAAUUCAGUUUACAACAGAUUGCACUCGCAGCCUUAUACAUUGCAAAAUGGUUGACCAAAAGAAACCACUUCGCAAACUUAAACGAAAGCAAAUAAAAGUACUCCUUAAACUAUCCGAAAUGAGUCGUAAAGAUUUAUCAAAAAUAAUGCGUCUAAAAGUAAACACUCUCAUCACACUGGAAAUACAUGGUCGAGAUGUUCUUGAGCGCAUGUACAAAGCAAACUGUAAGGAUAUUGGUCAUUUUGAAUGGUUUUCACAAUUACGCUUUUAUUGGCAUCGUGAAUCAGAGUUAUGUGUAAUUAGACAGACAAACACGGAGCAAUGGUAUGGUUACGAAUACACUGGCAACUCUGGGAGAUUAGUAAUUACACCAUUGACUGAUCGCUGUUAUAUCACAUUAACGACAGCUCUGCAUCUACAUAGAGGUGGAAGCCCGAAAGGUCCUGCUGGUACAGGUAAAACCGAAACGGUGAAAGAUCUUGGUAAAGCAAUAGGCCUGUGGGUGAUAGUAACAAACUGUUCUGAAGGUUUAGAUUUUAAAAGUAUUGGAAAAAAUUUCUCUGGUCUUGCGCAAAGUGGAUGUUGGGGCUGCUUUGAUGAAUUCAACCGAAUUAACAUUGAAGUCCUGUCUGUAGUGGCUCAACAAAUUAUGUCUAUAAUGGCAGCUCUUUCCGCUAAUGUAAAAGAAUUUCUUUUUGAAGGACAGACAAUUAAAUUAAAGAGUACUGUCGGACUGUUUAUAACGAUGAAUCCUGGCUAUGCUGGUCGAACGGAAUUGCCAGAUAACUUAAAGUCUAUGUUCCGGCCAAUUUCUAUGAUGGUUCCGGAUAAUAUUAUAAUUGCAGAAAAUCUACUUUUCUCGGAUGGAUUCACGAAUACUCGAAGUUUGGCUAGAAAAGUGUUUACACUUUAUGAAUUAGCGAAACAACAACUUUCUAAACAGUACCAUUAUGAUUUUGGUCUUCGUUCUAUGGUAGCGUUAUUACGUUAUGCUGGACGCAAACGUAGGCAGUUACCCAAUACAAAUGAAGAGGAAAUUGUGUAUCUUGCAAUGAAAGACAUGAAUGUUGCACGAUUUACCGCAGCCGAUUUACCGCUUUUUACUGGAAUAAUGUGCGACAUAUUUCCAGGCGUAAGUCUUCCACAGAUUGAUUAUAAUGAUUUUAAUAUUGCCAUUUAUGAAGAAUUCAAAGAUAAUGGUCUACAAGCUAUACAAAUUGCGGUGAAGAAAGUUAUUGAACUUUUUGAAACAAAAAACUCAAGACACUCAGUUAUGAUUAUAGGCGAUACAGGAACUGCAAAAUCAGUUACUUGGCGAGCAUUGCAAGGAGCAUACUGUAGAAUGAAUGCACAGCGUUUUCAAGGUUGGGAGUCGGUAGUUGUGCAUCCUGUUAAUCCUAAAGCCCUAAACCUCGCUGAGUUGUAUGGCGAGUAUAAUUUAAGUACUGGAGAGUGGCUGGAUGGCGUUCUCAGCUCAAUAAUGAGAAUUAUUUGCGCUGACGAGGAUCCAAUGCUAAAGUGGCUUUUAUUCGAUGGACCAGUUGAUGCUGUCUGGAUUGAGAAUAUGAAUUCUGUGAUGGACGAUAAUAAGUUACUUACUCUUAUAAAUAGUGAACGAAUAACAAUGCCGCCGCAAGUUUCAUUACUAUUUGAAGUGGGAGACUUAGCGGUUGCUUCUCCAGCAACUGUAUCACGUUGUGGUAUGGUAUAUAACGAUUAUAAUGACUGGGGUUGGAAGCCAUAUGUGGACGCUUGGUUGCAAAAACAAAAAAUUAAGGCGUAUGCGGAUUUCUUGCGCAUUCAUUUUGAGUCAAUGCUGCCAAAUUUACUUGAGUAUAAACACGUGCGUUGCAAAGAACCUGUUAAGACAAAUGAGUUAAAUGGAAUAAUGUCUUUGUGCAAACUUCUUGAAGGUUUUGGGACGAAGCAAAAUGGUAUUAAUCCACAAAAUUUAGAAGUAUUAGAAGAAAUGACAAAGCUGUGGUUCAUGUUUUCAUUGGUAUGGUCAAUUUGUGCAACUGUUGACGAGGAUAGUCGACUUAAACUUGAUACUUAUAUCCGAGAAAUUGAAAGUUGUUUCCCUAUUAAGGACACAGUCUUUGACUACUUUGUAGACCCAAAUGAAAGAGUAUUUGUGCCGUGGGAGAGUAAACUAUCAGAUACCUGGCGUUAUGAUGACAGCUCUCCUUUUUAUAAGAUAAUUGUUCCCACUGGAGAUACCAUAAGAUAUGAGUAUAUCGUAUCAAAACUUCUAAUUGAAGAGCACCCAGUGUUGAUAGUUGGUAAUGUUGGAACUGGCAAAUCAUCAACUGCAACAAAUGUCAUGGAAGCUUGCGAUAAAAAUAAAUUUUGCGUCCUAUAUGUUAAUAUUUCCGCUCAAACGACAGCAGCUGGUCUUCAGGCUACGAUAGAAAACCGUACGGAAAAACGGACAAAAACACAGUUUGUACCUUUUGGAGGAAAAAGAAUGAUCUGCUUUAUGGAUGACUUUAAUAUGCCUGCUAAGGACACGUACGGUUCUCAGCCGCCCCUGGAGCUCAUAAGACAAUGGAUCGAUUAUAAAUACUGGUUCAAUCGUAAAACGCAGCAAAAAAUUUAUGUACUUAACACUUUGUUGAUGGCGGCGAUGGGGCCACCUGGUGGCGGACGACAGGUUGUCUCACCAAGGACUCAAAGUAGAUUUGUUCUUUUAAAUCUCACAUUUCCAACUCAAGAAACAAUAACACGAAUAUUUGGUACAAUGCUUAAACAGAAACUGGAACGAUUUACAAGUGAUAUUCGCGAAAUUUGGCUACUUCUUACGCAAUCAACAGUUUAUCUCUAUACAGUUAUUAUUGGAAAAAUGCUACCAACCCCCAAUAAAUCGCACUAUCUCUUUAACCUUCGAGACAUUUCUAAAGUAUUUCAGGGGUUGUUGAGGGCAUCUCCAGAGCUUCAGACAACAAGAUCAAAUUUUCUUCGUCUUUGGAUACAUGAAUGCUUUAGAGUAUUUAGCGAUCGACUAGUUGAUGAUGCAGAUCAAGAUUGGUUUAUUAACACUAUAAAUGAAACAUUAGGUCAAUAUUAUGAGGUAACUUUUCACAGUCUAUGCCCAUCAAAACAAUCGCCACUUUUUGGUGAGUUUGCUCACCCUCAAGGAUUCUAUGAGGAUUUAAAAUUAGAUAACCUACGUUUGUUUAUGAUUAGUCAGUUGGACGAAUACAACAAUUUUCCAGGAAUGGCUCGCAUGAACCUCGUAUUCUUUAAAGAAGCUAUUGAACAUGUAGUUCGCAUAAUACGUGUUAUAUCUCAGCCUCGUGGACAUAUUUUAAAUAUUGGUAUAGGAGGAUCCGGUCGUCAAGUACUUGCUAAACUAGCUGCUUUUAUUUUAGAAAUGGGAAUCUUUCAAGUUGAAGUUUCUAAAAAAUACAAAGUCGGAGAUUUACGUGAGGACUUGAAAAGCCUUUAUAAGUUAACAGGAAUUAAGCAAAGGCUACAUAUAUUUAUUUUUAGUAGUGAGCAGGUAGCAGAACUAUCAUUUUUGGAAAUAAUAAAUAAUAUGCUCACUAGCGGAGAGAUAAAUUUAUUUAAAUCCGACGAAUUUGAUGAACUAAAGUCUGACUUAGAGCGACCAGCAAAAAAGGCUGGGAUUGAACUGAAUACGGAAGCAUUAUAUUCAUUUUUUAUGCUAAAUAUAAGAGAUUUCAUGCAUAUAGUUCUCUGUUUUAGUCCCGUUGGAGAAAAUUUUAGAAACUAUAUACGUCAAUAUCCAGCUUUGUUAAGUGCAACAACUCCCAAUUGGUUUAGACUUUGGCCUCAAGAAGCCUUGUUAGAAGUAGCAUGUCAUUUUCUGAAGGGUUUUCAACUAAAUGCGCCAGUUCCCGGAAAAGAUGAUAAGAAAGAUCGUGAUAGUUUGGUUGAAACAACUGAAAACGUUCUUCAUCGGGAUAUACCACAGGCAUUUUCAACUAUGCACUCGAGUGUUACAAAAAUUUCACAGCUUAUGCUGGAAGAAGUCAAACGAUUUAAUUAUGUUACGUCUCCAAAUUACUUGCAGUUGGUAAGUGGUUUUAAAGAUCUUCUUGAAAGAAAAAGGUUAGAAGUAUCAACCGCUGCUAAUCGCUUACGAAACGGAUUGUCCAAAAUUGAAGAAACUCAGGAAAAAGUGACAUUGAUGUCAGAUGAAUUAAAAAUAAGUUCAGAGCAAGUAAAAUUACUUGCUAAGGAAUGUGAAGAAUUUAUUGCUAUGAUCGAAAUACAAAAAUCCGAAGCCACGGAACAAAAAGAGAUUGUUGACGCAGAAGCUGUCAUUAUUAAACGUGAGGAAAUAAUAUGUUUAGACUUAGCUGCAACUGCACGGGCAGACUUGGAAGUUGUUUUGCCUAUGAUUGAUGCUGCAGUUAAAGCUUUAGACGCUCUGAAUAAAAAAGACAUUGCUGAAGUAAAGUCGUAUGGGCGCCCACCUAUGAAAAUUGAAAAAGUAAUGGAAGCCGUGUUGAUAUUAAUUGGAAAGGAGCCCACUUGGGAAAAUGCCAAGAAAGUACUUAGUGAAUCCACCUUUUUAAAUGAUUUAAAAAAUUUUGAUCGAGAUCAUAUCUCAGAAAAAACACUUAAGCGUAUAGCAUUAUAUACAAAAAAUCCUGAAUUGGAACCAGACAAAGUAGCAGUUGUUUCAGUUGCAUGUAAGUCAUUAAUGUUAUGGAUUAUGGCUAUAGAAAACUACGGAAAAGUUUAUCGUAUCGUUGCACCCAAACAAGAAAAAUUAGAUAAUGCUAUGAGAUCUUUAGAAGAAAAACAAGCAGCAUUGGCUGCCGCCAAAAAAAAACUUGAGGAAUUGCAAGCAGUCAUAGAGGAGCUUUAUCGACAAUUAAAUGAAAAAACCGACCUGCUUAAUGAAUUGCGUGCAAAGGAAGAACGGUUACGAAAACAAUUAGAACGAGCUAUUAUUUUGGUUGAAUCAUUGUCAGGGGAACGGGAGCGUUGGAUAGAAACAGUAGCUCAAUUAGACGUUGCCUUUUUAAAAUUGCCAGGAGACUGUUUGCUAUCUAUUGCAUUUGUGACAUACUUGGGUCCAUUUGAUACAAAAUAUAGAGAAGAUUUGCUUAAUAAGUGGAGACAGCUUAUUAAAGACUUAGUUAUACCAUCCACAUCUGAACUGAAGCUUACGGUUUUUCUCUGCGAUGCCGUUUCUAUUCGAGAAUGGAAUAUUCAAGGGCUUCCAGCCGAUGACCUAAGCACAGAAAACGGAGUUAUUGUAACUCAGGGAAGUAGAUGGCCACUAAUAAUUGAUCCACAAAUGCAAGCAAACAAUUGGAUUAUGAAAAUGGAGGAACAUAACCAGCUUAUUAUUAUUGAUUUGGGUAUGACAGAUUAUCUUCAACAAAUUGAACUUUCUAUUAAAGAAGGGUUUCCUGUGUUGCUCCAAAAUGUUGGAGAAAGCCUGGACCAGGCUAUAUAUCCUAUACUUCGUCGCAGUUUUACAAUACAAGCUGGAGAAAAACUUAUAAAAUUUAAUGACAAAUAUAUAUCUUACAACGAUAAAUUUCGAUUUUAUAUUACAACUAAGAUAUCAAAUCCGCACUAUCCACCCGAAAUAUCAUCCAAAAUGACCUUAGUGAAUUUUGCAUUAAAACAAGAUGGGUUGGAAGCUCAGCUGUUAGGUAUUAUUGUUCGUAAAGAAAAACCUGCUCUGGAAGAACAAAAAGAUGACCUAGUUUUAACUAUCGCACGUAAUAAAAGAACACUUAUUGAUCUAGAUAAUGAAAUUUUACGCCUGUUAAAUGAAAGUAGAGGAUCGCUUCUCGAUGAUGAUAAAUUGUUCUCAACGUUACAAAAGUCGCGACAAACAUCUGUUUUAGUAAAGGAAUCAUUAAGUAUCGCCGAAAUUACAGAAAUAGAGAUUGACGCAGCGCGACAAGAGUACAAACCCGCAUCUGUACGCGCUGCUAUACUAUUUUUUGUAUUAACAGACAUGUCUAAGAUUGACCCAAUGUAUGUUUUUUCUCUGGCUGCAUAUAUUUUAUUAUUUACGCAAUCCAUCGAGCGCAGUCCACGAAACCAAUUUGUACAUGAGCGAAUUCAUAAUAUCGAUGAAUAUCAUACUUAUUCUGUUUAUAGAAAUACCUGCCGUGGUCUUUUUGAAAGACAUAAGCUGCUUUUUUCCAUUCACAUGACGGCGAAAAUACUUUCAAACGCUGGAAAACUUGUCGAAGAAGAAUAUGAUUUCAUACUCAAAGGAGGCAUUGUUCUCGAUAAACAAGGGCAGGCUCCUAACCCAGCCAAAUGGUGGAUUAGUGAACAAAAUUGGGAUAAUAUAACCGAGCUGGACAAAAUACCAGGCUUUCAUGGUAUUAUAGAUUCAUUUGAAUCAAAUUUUAAAUUAUGGAAUGCUUGGUAUGCAACUGCGUUCCCUGAGCAGGAAGAUUUAAUUGGAGAAUGGAAUGAUAAACUUACUGAUUUUCAGAAAAUUUGUGUAGUUCGUUCACUACGACCGGAUCGAAUCAGUUUUUGUAUGACUCAAUUUAUUAUCAGUAAGUUGGGCCCACGCUAUGUGGAACCACCAGUUCUAGAUCUAAAGGCUGCAUUUGAUGAAUCCAUUUCUCAGACCCCACUGAUAUUUGUUUUAUCACCGGGAAUAGAUCCAACUCAAUCUUUGAUAGCUCUUUCAGAAACAGUCAAAAUGUCUCAAAGAAUGUUUUCAUUAAGUUUGGGUCAAGGCCAGGCACCUGUAGCUACAAAACUAAUAAUGGAUGGUAUCAAAGAUGGCAAUUGGGUAUUUCUUGCAAAUUGCCAUUUAUCACUAAGUUGGAUGCCAACACUUGAUAAAAUGAUAGCAACUAUGCAAUCAAUAAAGUUACAUAAAAAGUUUAGACUCUGGCUAAGUUCUAGCCCUCAUCCCGACUUUCCUAUAUCAAUAUUAGAAACAAGUAUAAAAAUGACUACUGAACCUCCACGUGGAAUUAAGGCCAAUAUGAAGAGGCUUUAUAACAAUGUAAAUGUUGGAAACAUGGACGUUUCCAAAGAACCUAGUAAAUACAAAAAACUUCUUUUCUCACUAUGUUUUUUCCAUACAAUUCUCUUGGAGCGAAAAAAAUUUCAACAACUAGGGUGGAACGUAGUUUACAGUUUUAAUGAUUCCGAUUUUGAAGUCUCUGAAAUCUUAUUGCUUUUAUAUUUAAAUGAAUACGAAGAAACACCGUUUAAUGCAUUAAAAUAUUUGAUAGCUGGAGUAAAUUAUGGAGGACACGUUACUGAUGAUUGGGAUCAGAGACUUUUAUCUACAUAUAUAAAUCAAUUCUAUAACGAUCAAGCAUUAAAAACGCGCAAGUUUCGGAGAAAACUGGAAGGAUCAGCAAGCGUGACAGGCAGGCCGCCUUUUAUGCCAACGAGGGAAAACAAG